CCCGGCAGGCGCGCGCCCAGCCGUUCGGUCCCCAGCCGCGUUCACGGUCGCUUCCCUCUUCCUUCGCCGCCUCCCGGUCUCCGCACCGACGCGGCCGGGGCUGGAGCUGAGACGGAUCCGAGCUGCAGCUGAAGCCGGAGCCAGAGCCGGACCCGGAGAGACUUGGAAACAUGGAGGCCUGAGCCGGCGUGCGCCACCCUGGGCUGCGGCGGCGACCGCAGGCUCUACGGAUUCCCUCUGCCACCAGCCUGUAGGUCGGUCCGUGCUGGAACCACAUCUCCCCGCCAGCUAAGACAGGUUCUCUUGUGGAAAUGCAGGUUUAAGGACAAGUUAUCUACCAAAUUAGAAGAUGGGAUCAAACAGCAGCAGAGUCAGUGAUCUUCCUAAAAAUGAAUAUUUAAAGAAGUUAUCGGGCACAGAAUCUGUCUCUGAGAAUGACCCGUUCUGGAAUCAGCUUCUCUCCUUUUCUUUCCCUGCACCAACUAGCAGCACCGAGUUGAAACUCUUGGAGGAGGCAACCAUUUCCGUCUGCAAGUCUUUAGUUGAAAACAAUCCUCGAACAGGGAAUCUUGGUGCGCUAAUUAAGGUCUUCCUUUCUAGAACCAAAGAACUAAAACUUUCAGCAGAAUGUCAGAACCACAUCUUCAUUUGGCAGACACACAACGCUUUGUUUAUUAUUUGCUGUUUGCUGAAAGUGUUCAUCAGUGAGAUGUCAGAGGAGGAAUUACAACUUCAUUUUACAUAUGAAGAAAAAGCUCCUGCCAGUUACAGUUCUGACUCAGAAGAUCUUUUGGAAGAAUUGCUCUGCUGUUUGCUGCAGUUAAUCACUGAUAUUCCACUCUUAGAUAUUACAUAUGAAAUAUCAGUAGAAGCAAUAUCAACAAUGGUGGUUUUCCUUUCCUGCCAACUCUUCCACAAGGAAGUUUUGCGACAGAGCAUCAGCCACAAGUAUUUGAUGCGAGGUCCAUGUCUUCCAUACACCAGCAAACUUGUGAAAACCUUAUUGUAUAACUUUAUCAGACAAGAAAAGCCACCUCCUCCGGGAGCCCAUGUUUUCUCUCAGCAGUCGGAUGGAGGAGGACUACUGUAUGGACUUGCAUCAGGAGUAGCAACUGGGCUCUGGACUGUCUUCACACUGGGCGGCGUGGGCAGCAAGGCAACUACCCCGCCAGAGCUUUCCUCCCCUCUGGCCAACCAGAGUCUCCUGCUUCUGCUGGUGCUGGCCAACCUGACAGAUGCUCCUGAUGCCCCAAACCCUUACAAACAGGCCAUUAUGUCCUUCAAGAACACACAAGAUAGCAGUCCUUUUCCAUCGUCAAUCCCACACACCUUCCAGAUCAACUUUAAUAGUUUGUACACGGCUCUAUGUGAACAGCAGACCUCUGAUCAAGCCACUCUCCUCUUGUAUACAUUGCUCCAUCAGAAUAGUAACAUUAGAACAUAUAUGUUGGCUCGCACAGAUAUGGAAAAUCUUGUUUUACCAAUUCUUGAGAUUCUAUAUCAUGUUGAAGAAAGAAAUUCGCACCAUGUGUAUAUGGCCCUUAUAAUAUUGUUGAUUCUAACAGAAGAUGAUGGCUUCAAUAGAUCUAUUCAUGAAGUGAUAUUAAAAAAUAUUACUUGGUACUCAGAACGAGUUUUAACUGAAAUUUCCUUGGGGAGUCUUCUGAUACUGGUCGUGAUAAGAACCAUCCAGUACAACAUGACGAGGACCAGAGACAAGUACCUUCACACAAAUUGUUUGGCAGCUUUAGCAAAUAUGUCGGCACAGUUCCGUUCUCUCCAUCAGUAUGCUGCUCAGAGGAUCAUCAGUUAUACCUGCCGCCACUUGCGGAGAUAUGUUUAUGUGUUGGACAAACUGUAUUUCCCCCACUCUCACUGUUCCACGCUUCAGCAUUGCUUCUCGGCCCUCAGUGACAAUGGAGAGGAGCUGUUGUCUUUAACUUGCUCUCACAUUCUCAGAUCCUAUGCUUCCAGUUUGUUUUCUUUGCUGUCUAAAAAACACAACAAAGUUCUGGAACAAGCCACUCAGUCCUUGAGAGGUUCGCUGAGUUCUAAUGAUGUUCCUCUGCCAGAUUAUGCACAAGACCUAAAUGUCAUCGAAGAAGUGAUUCGAAUGAUGUUAGAGAUCAUCAAUUCCUGCCUGACAAAUUCCCUUCACCACAACCCAAACUUGGUGUAUGCACUGCUUUACAAACGGGACCUCUUUGAACAGUUUCGAACUCAUCCUUCGUUUCAGGAUAUAAUGCAAAAUAUUGAUCUGGUGAUCACCUUCUUUAGUUCAAGAUUGCUGCAGGCUGGAGCUGAGCUGUCGGUGGAACGGGUCCUGGAAAUCAUUAAGCAGGGUGUUGUCGCACUGCCCAAAGACAGACUAAAGAAAUUUCCAGAAUUGAAAUUCAAAUAUGUGGAAGAGGAGCAGCCAGAGGAGUUUUUCAUCCCCUAUGUCUGGUCUCUUGUCUACAACUCAGCAGUGGGCCUCUACUGGAACCCGCAGGACAUCCAGCUGUUCACGAUGGAUUCCGACUGAGGGCCAUAGGCCCUCUCCCACCCUCCCUCCAGCCAAGCAGCCCUCCGAGUUCCUCUGUUUCGGGGCAUCAGAAGUAGACAAUUGCCUGGUGUAUCUCCUGCUAAAGAGGAUUAUACAAGUGUGUUUCUUGCCCUGCACACGCUUUGGAGAAUUGGUGCCAGUUGGCAGUAGAUCAUUCAGCUUAGAUUGUAGGGAAAAAGGGGGAGAAUACACAACGAUAAUAAACAUAAACACUUGCCAUUCAA